CCGGAGAGAGCCAGUCAUACGCGCAAGGCCGCCCUUAGUUUUGCACCAGCUGCAUCUAAACUCGUCGUGGUAUUUGAUGCCCUCUGCGGCACGACUUUGAGGUCCGCUCAACGUAGCGGCGCUCGAUGUUGCUCUCUGAGCCCUAGAGGAGCGACAUAAGACAUUGCGGACGACUUCCGAGGAGAGAGAUGGCAUGGGGGUGCAGAUUUUACAUCCCAGGACCCAGAAGAACAUUAGACUGAUCAAUCUCUCCAAGAAUGUUCGUAAUUACUAUUUUCCACAUCUGCAUAAAGGACAAACCACUCCCUUCGACCUGCCAAGAGAGCCAGGGCUCAGGAUAGCCCUCAAACGAUUGGGAGACGACAACCGCAUCCUUUCCUCUGUUAUGCACCAUUUCAUCUCUGAUAGAUGGUCAAUGGACGUGCUGCGUCGAGAGCUGGAUCAAUUCUACGCGGCGGUGCUGCGGGGCGAGGACCGGCUGCCAAUCCAGUAUCGACUUUGCCGCGUAGCAGAGGCAGGACGAGCAGCUGACCGAACAGCAGACGUAGCUGGAGUACUAGACAAGGCAGCUGGCGGACAGCUCGCCGAUCGCGCUGCUCACAUACCACCACCGCCCAGAUGUACUAUCCGGCGAGGCCUGCGUUGUGCCGUUCACCAUCGAGGCUGAGCUGUAUCAACAUAUCCGUGAGGUUUGUCAUGCAAAGUAGUUGUCGACGUUUGUAGUACUGUUCGCGACAUUCCGUGCUACGCAAUAUCGUUUGACAGGAGUAAGCGAUUCUUGUAUUGGCCGAUCGAUCACAAAUCGUGACAGGCCAGAGUUCAAAAAAAUAGUCGAAAG